AUGCAGCGAGCUCUAUUCACUGAGGAAGAGAUCCAGCUAGCAGCAGAGCGUCGCCGGAAAUACAUAGGAACUACCAAAGUCAGUAUCAGUCAUAUACUAUUCAAUCCUCCAUUACCACAGGAUCUUGACCUAAAGAACUUGGACCAGCUCCGUGAGAUCUUUUAUAAAAACCGCUGCCACCAACUCAAUGUGGAUAAUCACAUCCCUAUAAUUAUGUCCCAGGGAGAUCUCGCUGGUGCCCUAUGGAAUAUGAAUGUUUCACAGCGAGCACUACUGACUAAUGAUCCUCACCAACUUCCGCAACUACAGUUCAUGGCUGGACAGUUACAGGCGCUUCAUGGACAUCAUUAG